UCUUGUUCGUCUCGCACAAACAGCAUUUCGUGUUUCAACUACUUUUUAAUUUUUGUUGCUCUUCAAUAGAGUGGCCGGACGAACGGAAACGUCGACAACGGGACCAUGUCUUUCAUACCCGGGUCGUUGGGUUUCGAUGAAUUCGGUACGCCGUUCAUCAUCAUCAAAGACCAACACAAACAGCGUAGGCUGACUGGCAUCGAUGCGUUGAAGUCGCAUAUUAUGGCCGCACGGUCUAUCGCCAAGACGUUGUACACAUCGUUGGGUCCAAAAGGCUUGGACAAAAUGAUGGUAUCAUCAGAUGGAGAAGUGACUGUUACUAAUGAUGGCGCCACCAUUUUAAAUAUGAUGGAUGUUGAUCAUGAGAUCGCUAAGCUCAUGGUACAGUUGUCUCAAUCCCAAGAUAAUGAAAUUGGUGAUGGAACUACUGGUGUUGUAGUCGUCGCUGGAGCUUUGCUGGAACAAGCUGAACAUCUGCUUGAUCAAGGCAUACAUCCUAUCAGAAUUGCAGAUGGUUUCGAAUUGGCCGCUCAAAGUGCUUGCAAGCAUUUAGACUCAAUUGCUGAUUCAUUUCCAGUUGAUAUCAACAACUUGGAACCCCUUAUUAAAACAGCAAUGACAACUCUGGGAUCCAAAAUUGUGAACAAAUGCCAUCGUCAAAUGGCCGAAAUUGCUGUAAAUGCAGUUAUAUCUGUAGCAGAUUUUGAUAAACGUGAUGUCAAUUUUGAGUUGAUCAAAGUCCAAGGAAAAGAAGGCGGAAGAUUAGAAGACACAAUGUUAGUAAAAGGGGUUGUAGUUGACAAAGACUUUUCACAUCCUCAAAUGCCAAAAGAACUGAAAAAUGUUCAUCUUGCCAUCCUCACCUGUCCGUUUGAACCACCUAAGCCAAAGACCAAGCAUAAGUUGGAUGUGGCUUCAGUUGAAGACUAUAGAGCACUGAGGAAAUACGAACAAGAUACAUUUAAUGAUAUGGUUAAAAAGGUGAAAGAUGCUGGUGCUACAUUAGCAAUUUGUCAAUGGGGUUUUGAUGAUGAAGCUAAUCAUUUGUUAUUGAAACACGAAUUACCUGCUGUACGUUGGGUUGGUGGACCUGAGAUUGAAUUAAUUGCAAUCGCUACAGGAGGUAGAAUCAUUCCUCGUUUUGAAGAAGUUUCUAAAGAGAAGCUGGGAUAUGCUGGAAAAGUUAGCGAACUUUCUUUUGGUACUACUAAAGACAAGAUGUUGGUGAUUGAAGAAUGCAAGAAUUCACGUGCUGUCACCAUAUUUAUACGUGGUGGAAAUAAAAUGAUCAUCGAAGAAGCCAAACGCAGUAUUCAUGAUGCUUUAUGUGUCGUUCGAAAUUUGGUACAAGAUAACCGUAUAGUUUAUGGUGGUGGUGCAGCUGAAAUUUCAUGUGCUAUUGCUGUUUCUACUGAAGCAGACAAGAUUUCUUCUAUUGAGCAAUAUGCAUUCAGGGCAUUUGCAGAUGCCUUAGAAAGCGUUCCAUUAGCUUUAGCUGAGAACAGUGGAUUGUCACCAAUUGAUACGUUAACUCAAGUUAGGGCCAGACAAAUCAAAGAAAACAACCCAGCUCUUGGUAUAGAUUGUAUGCUUGUUGGAACUAAUGACAUGAAAGAACAAAAUGUUAUUGAGACUCUUCACAGCAAGAAACAACAGAUCAUUUUGGCUGCUCAAUUAGUUAAAAUGAUUUUGAAAAUUGAUGACGUCAGAGUUCCAGGAGAAAAUUUCGAUUAGUUUUUAAUAUCUUAAAAACACUCUAUACUGAUGUUCAGCGCUUACUUGUUUUCCUAAAACCAGUCCUUUUUUAUGUUCAAAAUUUACAUUAAUAAUAAUUGUGUAAGUUAAGUUAUACAUUUUUUCUAUUAAUAAAAUACACUACUAAUCAAUUAAAAUUGGACGUAUAUUUAACUUCAAACUAUAAUUCUAACAUGAUUACAAUAUUCGCCACAAGAACUAUUUUUUUUUUAUUGAAGCACACAAAACGGCACUUUUCGUUCUUUCAUGUCGUACUCAUCAUUGCUUUCUUUCAUGCCAUCGCCAGACAUGCCUGUGCCCCCCAACACACCGGGAGGGCACACUGUUUGUCAUCUCAUUGC